UUCCCCAGAGCUGGCUGGGAGUCACAGCCCGGGAGCAGACUAGCCAUCCUUGGAGAACAGCCCCCUAAGUUGAUCCUCCUUUGAGCCCAGCCCUUGGACUGCAGAGUGGCAGGAAGGUUCUGAGAAUCCCUCCCUCCGCCCAGUAUUGGAACAUCUGUGUUUCAGUGUGAUCUCUGUCACUUCCUCUCUCACUGAGCCCCAGGGUCUUCCUUCGUGUAUAGUGACCAUAACCACCCUGCUCUCAUGAGGCCCCACCAGGAGCAGAUGGGAUGAGACCCUGAAUACAGAUAGAUGCUCCUGCCAGAGGCUCUCCCUGCCUUCUAGGUGAGAAGGCAGGACUCCACUUCUGACUGGCACUGCUCCCAGCCCUGCCUUAGUUGCUUAGCAACAGUUCUGCGUCUCUAGCUGAGGACACACUAUGGCGUCUGGCAGUCCAGCGGCCAAGAGAGUAGUGGUGUACCGAAAUGGGGACCCCUUCUCCCCAGGCCGCCGGCUGCUGGUGACUCAACGCCGCUUCCCCACCCUGGAGACCUUCCUCUGUGAGGUGACAUCAGCUGUGCAGGCCCCACUGGCUGUGCGUGCCCUCUACACACCUUGUCAUGGCCACCCUGUCACUGACCUGGCAGACCUGCAGAACGGAGGGCAGUAUGUGGCUGCUGGCUUCGAACGAUUCCGCAAGCUCCACUAUUUACCCCCUGGAGGGAAGGAUCCAGGCGGGAAGAGCGGCCGACUACCAGGUCCUCCUGUGACUCAUCGCCCGCGUGAUGGGGCCCUUGGACGGCAGCUACCUACAGGUUCCCCCUGCUAUAUCCAUGUGUUCAGGAAUGGGGACCUGUUAAGUCCCCCAUUUAGCCUGAAGCUGUCCCAGGCUGCCAGCGAGGACUGGGAAACGGUGUUGAAGCUCCUGACUGAGAAGGCCAAGUUGCAGAGUGGGCCUGUGUGCAAACUCUGCACUCUGGAGGGGCUCCCAGUGUCAGCAGGGGAGGCUCUGGUGAGUGGCCAUUACUAUGUGGCUGUCGGAGAGGAUGAGUUCAAGGCCCUCCCCUAUCUGGAGCUGCUGGUGCCCAGCCCCUCACUGCCCAGGGGCUGCUGGCAUCCCCCAGACCUGAGGUCUAGGCCCCACAAGCAGAGGGCCCAUGGCCACAGGGCACAGGCAACCCAGCCCUCUCCAAAGGAACCAAGCCAAAUUGAGCCAUCUGCUUUUGAUGCCAGAUCUCAGCAGGCCAUUCAACCAAGAAGCAUGCUCCCUACGCUCUCAUUUCCAUCAGGAGUCAAGGGAGUGUAUUGGGCUCCCCACCCAAGGAAGGAGACAGCAGGGGCCCAGGAAGUAGCAGAUGAUGAAGACACCUGGACAGAGGAACCCUUGAAUCAGAGGGCAGCACAGAUAGUGGAAGAGGACCUGUCCCUGGAAAACCAGCCUGGGGCUGGGGCAGCUAUCUCAGUCUCAGCCUCUGCUCUGCCAUCUUGAGAGCCAGCAGAUCCAGCCAGGAACUGGGGACACCACUCUGCAGCCAUGUUUUAUCUUCAGCCUCCAGCAGCCUGUUCUCCAGGAGCCAGCGCCUCCCCUGGGCUCACAGGGUAUGCUGCAGUCCCCUCAGCCCCUCCCCACCUUCUGCUCCUAAAGCCACAGCCCAGUCUUCCAUUCCUCUGAGCAGAGCAGCCCUAGCCACCCAAGCCAUUUCCUUAUUGGGGUUCUCUGGCCAGAGAAACGAGUAGCCAACUGAGCUCCAACUGAGCUUGGGGAAGAGACCACAAACUUGGAAGCGGGUCUAUCACAAUAAAAGAAUACUUAGUAACCUCUGUCUGUUUACUACGAAUUUAUUACAGACUACUACU